CUCAUAUCUUUCGUAGAAGAAGUUUGCGAACAGAAGAUUCAGUAAAUUGAUUGUCGUGCAUAACAACUCCGCGAUGGAGAUGAUGAGGUCUAUCGUAAGGCGGUUGAUAGGAAUUUUUUCAUCGGGGCCUGCUGUUCAAGAUUCAACUCCUAAUAAGAGUUUGGAUGUGUCUCAGAGGAUGGAUGGACCUACGGAAAAGGUGGAUGCCAAGUUCAUCGAGGCUGUACGUUUAUUCGAUGAGCUUGACAAAAUGGUUAGUAAGUAUGGAACGACGGUGUGGAAUUUGUACGAUGAUCACUUUCCAGAGCUUGCAAACAUUGUAUCAGACAAUGUCAUGUAUGCCAAAGUAGUGAAGUUGAUGGGAAACCGAACAAAUGCUGCAACUCUUGAUUUUAGUAAGAUCCUAUCUGAAGAGCUUGGGACUAAAUUGAAAGAGGCAGCAGCGGUAUCCAUUGGAUGUGAGCUCAAUGAACUUGAUCUCAUAAAUAUCAAUGGGCUCUGUGACCAAGUGUUGUCUCUUUCCGAGUCUAGGGAUCAGCUCUAUGAAGACUUGAAAACGAAAAUGAACACCAUUGCUCCAAAUCUUACUGCUCUUGCUGGCGAUCUUGUUGGAGCACGACUCAUUGCUCAUGCUGGUGGCACGCUGAACCUUGUUACACAACCUGGAAGCACAAUUCAGGUAUACGGUGCAGAGAAGGCAUUCCGCAGAGCUCGAAAGAGAAACGAUGCUACACCCAAAUACGGGAAUAUCAUUUAUAACUCUCCUUUGAUUAGUAAAGCUGUCCCUAAAUUCAAGGGAAAGAUGGCUAGAACUCUGGCAGCCAAGAUUGCAUUGGCCAUCAGAUAUGAUGUUUUGGGAGACCCUCAAGAUAACACCAUGGGUCUGGAGACUCGUAACAAGCUUGAAGAAAGGUUGAGAAGUCUCGAGGGUAGAUCGGGUAGAGCGAUGCCUCGUCCUAUAGAGGUUGGAUUUUUUGCCUCAGUUUCUACUUUAUUACUUUAG